AUGACAUUGUUCCCCUCACAUUCCCAGGUGGAAUUGACACCCUAUGUGUGUGUGUGUGUGACCUUGUCUUUGUACACCCUCUUUCUUUUUGGUAUUUCUUCUCUUCUUUCCCUCUUGUACGCACAGCUUUGGCUGUGCCUGCUUGGACCCGGCCAACGCCAGCAGCAAAAGCAGCACGAAGAGGAGGUGGAAGGCGAAGCGGCGUGGGAGCCGCGUACACACUGGAGUGGAAUCCAUCCUGUUACGAUGGCGGGGAGCGGCGUGCCGAACACAUCCAUGAUUCCGUUGUGGCUGCUCAUCACUGUGGUGACGCUCGCGAUGAUGGGCGCCUUGAUGUGUGCCAUUAUUUUUCUGCCGCAGCACAUCCACGGUGUGCCCCACGCCAACUUGUACGUGAUAGGCGCCGUGAUGGCUGCUGAGACUGUUGCACUGGUGCUGCUGAUGGAGUGCAUGGUGGGUGCACGCAUCAGGGAGCUCUCGCUGCUGCUCACAGAGGACGCGCUCGUUGUGACUGGUGACCCCGCCAGCUUCAGGCGGCUGGAGCGCCUCCCUGCAUUCAGCGUGAAUGAAGUCGACCGGCUCCAAGUGGCGGUCGAGCAGCUCUACUACGGCUUUGCGGCAGAGUUGCGGCGGCAAGGCGUUAUGCCGCACAUCAGCUACGGUGGUGGCGCCAUGGGUGGUGAGACGGACAUUGGCCACUGGGACAGCGACACUAGUGCAGCUGACGACGGCGAGGAGCCGGGUUCUAAAAGUCAUUUGCUAGAGGAAUACUUACUUAGUCGACGUUACCGCUACAUGCAAAAGCUAAACUCCGUGCUUCAGUUUCCUGCAGAGACCGGCUCCCGCGCAACGGGGUUUGUGCGUGGGCUCUUCGGCAACAUGUCUCUCUCCACGGGUGCAGGGGAAUCGCCACCGGUGGACACGGACUUUUACAGCAUGUGCUCUACACCAGCGAACGUUGGAGGAGUAGUAGUUUCAUCAACAGGUACGCGUGGUGCGACAACGCGGCGAUCAAGUUUUUGGAGUGCUGUUUCUGAAGAGGACGAGGCGGGGUUGUAUGUGAAUGAAGUCGAUAAUAGCGGCAGCUGCGGUGACUGCACACAGCCUGUGAUGCCACUGAGUGCAGUAGAACGUGUCGAGUGCGAUCCGCUUGAUGACAAUACUAACAACUCCUUCGAAGUAUUGGCGAAAUCGUUAAAAUUUGAGGGUGCUAUCAUAUUUCAGGUGAUGAAAUCAAUAAAAGUUGGGCGGUCUCUCAGCUCUAUUACACUACCGGUCCACAUCUUGGAGAGCCGCUCUUUGCUGGAGAUGUUCUCCGACAUGUUUGUCUGCUGGGACCUCCUCCUGCCGCUUGCACUGGGAGAAGUGCAGGAUUCCGUGGACCGAAUGCGGGUGAUGCUGCGGUGGUUUGUCGCCGCGUACAGCUGGCGACCUAAGGGAGUGGCACGCAAGCCGUACAACCCGAUCCUUGGCGAGGUGUUUCAAUGCAAGUGCCCUGCGCCCGUCUGUGCGUCGCGGCUGCAGCCGCAGCCUCAGCCUCAGCCUCAGAAGCAACGCCAAGAUGGGGAUGAGGAGGGGGAGGGAGCGGCGGCAGCGGUGGCUCUGGAGGUGGCAACAUCAACAGCAAGACCAGCAUUAUCGAAUGGCUUGCCGUGCAUGCGCUUCCUCGCAGAGCAGGUUUGCCAUCGACCCCCUGUAAGCGCCUUCUACGCCGAGCUCCCUGACCUCAUAGUGGCUGAGGGUGUGUUUCUUCCGCGCAGCAAGAUGCUCUCGCUCAACUGUGUGGCAAGCGUGAGCUGCUCGUCGGUGGUGGUGCGGUUUCCACGCACUGGUUGGUCGUGCAGCUUUACGUUACCCAACGCGUACGCGUCGGGUGUUGUGGCGGGCACUCCACGGCUUGAAUUGGGCGGUGUCGUGCAGUUACAGGACCUCUGCUCUCCCGCACACGCAACGGUUGCCUUUCUUCGCAAGGGUUUUUUUGGUGGUCAGUUUGACGAGGUGGUGGCUACGCUCAGCACCGCUGACGGCAGCAGCACCGUAGAGGAGUAUGCGGGGCUGUGGCACGGACUUGUGCGCCGCCGUUGCCCCGCUGCCGCUGACACCACCGCCCCCACCAGCAGCAGAAGUAGCAAGCGUAGCGGCGGGAGAGAGGGCAAGCGUACGCCUGCGAUGGUGCAGCUGCACGAGC